GAAGGGGAAGAAGAAGAGGGCGGUCGCGAAAAGAAGAAGAGGGAAAAGGAAAGCGAAGCUCCAUUGCAGUGCUGCUCGUCCCUGCCAACCGAAGCAACCGAACCGAGAGAGGAGAAGAGAAGGGGGGAGCGAGGAUGGCGACGGCGAACUGCAACGCGUGCAACGUGAGGUUCGUCGACGACGAGCAGAAGCGGCUCCACUACCGCUCCGACUGGCACUGCUUCAACCUCAAGCGCAAGGUGGCGGGAGUUCCUGGCGUGACCGAGGCUCUGUUCUUGGCUUUGCAAGCUGCAUUGGGGGAGGGGAGCGAGCUCACGGGCACUCCAAUCCUGUACGGCUGUGCUCUGUGCGGGAAGGAGUACAGGAGCUCGAGAGCUCACGCGCAGCAUCUCAGCUCGCGAUCGCAUCUGAUGAGAGCCUCUGAUGAGGAGGGGCCCGAUUCCUCCAUUGCCGGAAUCACAGUCGUCAAGCUCAAGCCACCUGCUGAGCGCAGAGGCCCGGCUGCGAUGGAAGAGGAUGAAGAGUUGGCUGGUGAUUCUGCUCCAGACAUUCAAGUGGAUGAGGAUCCCUCCAAAUGCGAUGAAGAACCUGAAGAGUUGGACCCCUUGCUCUGCUUCAUGUGUGACCUUAAGCAUGACACAGUAGAAGACUGCAUGGUCCAUAUGCACAGGAAGCAUGGGUUCUUCAUACCUGACAGUGAAUACUUGAAGGAUCCCCAUGGUCUUCUUAUCCACGUUGGAUUGAAGGUGAAGCGGGAUUUUAUCUGCCUCUACUGCAAUGAUAGGCGCCAGCCCUUUCAGAGCCUAGAGGCUGUCAGGAAACACAUGGAUGCAAAGGGUCAUUGCAAAUUACGGUAUGGAGAUGGCGGGGAGGAUGAAGAUGCCGACCUGGAGGAUUUCUAUGAUUACUGCAGAAGCUAUACCGAUGUCGAAGGUAAGCAGUUGGUUGCUGCUGGCGAUGUUAACAACAACAUCGAGCUUGGAAUUGGCGGGUCUGAGCUAGUAAUCACAAACAAGACUGGUAAAGGGACUCGUGUGAGAGCUCUUGGUUCUCGAGAAUUUACCCGCUACUACCGCCAGAAACCACGGCCUUCUGCGGUGACAAAAUGUGCCCUUGCACUCUCCCUGGCAUCCAGCUACAAAGAGCAUGGAUUUGGUGACAGUUCAGUUUAAGGAUGAAAGUUGUCUGAGCAAUUUCAGUUGCAAAGAAAGUCUGUGAGCAAUGAACAUGAGUGAGGCCGACGAACCGAGAUCGGUGCGAAGAGCAGUUUGAUCCAAAACCAAAACCGAGUGUACUAGUGUCAAGCUGUGACAGGAGCUUCACCAUGACGCUUUUUAUGGUGUCUUAUGUUUAUUUCUGUCCACUGCUGACAUAUUUUUUUGUGCUUACGACCGGUCUACAUUUCAUGCAAAUCUUUUUGUGUGAUUUUUUUUAACGAAUCGGGCUGAAGAGCUACCGAUUAUAUUAAAAAGAAGAUCAAAACUUAGAUUGAGCAAUACAA